AUGGCUUUAAGCAGGAAUAUUGAUUCUAUUAGGCUAGAGAGAAAAUCCUUCAUGGACACCUGGUCACUGAAGGAGAGUGAUUUACCCACAACUGAAACUAUUCCCCCAUCUCAGGGAAAGUCAGACAGUGUUAGAUCCCUCAUUUACCAACUAGGUAAAACUAUGGAGAAAGAGGUCCAUGUGUGGUGGGACAUAGCCACUUUAGAUUUCUAUGUGAACAAUAACAUAGUACCUAGAGGCUUAAGACUAUUUAAACGGUCCACAUACAAACGUCAUGAUCAGACUUUACUUAAAAAGUGGGAUCAGCUAUUGGACAAGGGUUCAUUAUUGUUAAUGGUGUUUCUCAUUAAUGAAAAGAAAAAAGAUUUGACCCAACUAGAUCAUGAAAUUACUGAAUUAAAGGCCUCUAUCAGACCUCUAGUGGAGAGUGGUGAUUAUAUAGGCCUUUUGGAAAAAAUCGAAAAGAGAGUGAAGGACAUAGAAGAAAACAUCAGGGAAGUCAAAAGAAAGAAAAUAAUGAGGGAUCAGGCCGACUAUAGGAAUCAAAUCCAGGGAAAUUGGAAGAAAGAUAGGAGACCAUUUCACAAUUCUCCUAUCAAGCAUAGAACAGAACCUAGACCCCAAUACCAUCAGUCCUAUAGGGGUGCUCUAUUAUCCCGGAAGACCCCUAGAAAAUAUUCUACUAAUGACUGGACAUACAACAGACCACCACAGAACAGGCAACAACGAGUCACAUAUAACCAACACCAUCAACGAUAUGAACACAGAAAGACAGAGUAUGAACACAGAAACACAGAGUAUCGAGAUCAAGGAAGAUACCAACAUUAUCCAAGGCAGACCUCCUUUGUACCUAGAAGUGGAAAAUCGUCUGACUUUAAGGAAACAUCAUCCCCAAGCCCUAGAAUUCUUCCUCCAGAUCACAGAAAGACUAACUUGGAGAAUAAUCAAAGACAUAUCUCCAGUAUUCACACUGAGAAUGAUUUUUUAGAGAAACGGGGGAGGAUUCCCCCCAAGAGAUUUUCAGUGGAAGAUUUCAUGUCUCCGGAUGUGAGAAAGAAAAGAACAUUAAGAGAUCUAGAAGAAGAAGCAGAACUACACGAAGAACAGACACAGCAGACACAACAGAAAAGGAGGAAGUAA